UCCGGCGGCGCUCCUUCCUCUUCCUGCCUUCGCCUUGCUGGUUGCCUGACGCGUCCUCGGCCUCUCUCUCUCCGCUUCCUCCUCUCGCCUCCCUCUGGCCACCCAGCAGGCUCGCCCUCUCCGCCUCCGCCGCCUCCUCCUCCUUCAGGGCUUCGCCUCUCCUUUCUCCAGGCCUUGCUCCUCACCCUCGGCGCCACCUUGCGCCUUUCUCCCGGCCGCUCCCGCAGCCUAUGGCCCUGGAAGGCGCCGCUGCCGCCGCCUGGAUUUCUGCUGUAGGUUCCCACAUCACUCUUUAAAAAUUCCGCCUAAAAAGAGAAGACGAUUUACCAAAUCUUUCGGGCCGUUGUCCCACGGCAAACUCUCUGACCAGGCCUGCAACUAUCCAGAGGGUUUAGGAGAAGUGCUUUAUCGAGAACAGUUCGACUUCAACGCGGAGCCACCUUGGGAACCUAGCUGAUGAUAGUAGGGUUCCAUCUCCUAACUUGUCCAUUUUGUUGCAUAAUUUAAGGACCCAGCUCUAAGGCUUUAGCUUUGUGGCCCGUCCCUUGUGUUUCUUGGUUUAUGACUGUCGGCUUUGCGGAAUACGGCUGAGAUGAAAGGAUUCCUGGAGGAUGCAAACUACUCCAUUGGCUUACUGGAUGAAGGAGUGAAUGUUGCAGAAGUCAUUGACAACUGCAUUUAUGAACAUACCCUUAAUGGAAAAAAUGGAUUUUUUGUUGGUGAUCUGGGAAAGCUGAUCAAACACCACAUCCACUGGCAGAAUGUGAUGGCACCAAUAAAGCCAUUUUACAAUGUAAAAUGCAACUCCACCCCUGGUGUACUUGAGAUACUGGCAGCUUUAGGAACUGGGUUUGCAUGUUCGAAUAAGAAUGAAAUGGCAUUAGUUCAAGACUUGGGCAUUUCUUCUGAAAACAUUUUAUUCUCAAAUCCUUGUAAGCAAGCUUCCCAAAUAAAAUAUGCAGCGAAAACCGGAGUAAACAUUUUGACAUGCGACAAUGAACUAGAAUUAAAGAAAAUUGCUAGAAACCAUCCAAAUGCAAAGCUCUUGCUUCAUAUUGCCACAGAAGACAUUAAUGGAGGUGAAGAGAUGAACAUGAUGUUUGGCACCACCCUGAAGAACUGUCGUCACCUUAUGGAAUGUGCAAAGGAGCUGAAUGUCCAAAUAAUUGGCGUCAAAUUUAAUGUUUCAAACUCUUGCAAGGAACCUCAAGUGUACAAACAUGCUAUUUCUGAUGCUCGCUGUGUAUUUGAUAUGGCUGAAGAAUUUGGCUUUACAAUGAACAUGUUGAAUAUUGGUAGUGGAUUUACGGAUUAUGAAUUUGAUCUGGAAAAGAUUAAUCAUGUUGUUAGCCCAUUGCUUGACAUAUACUUUCCUGAAGAAUCUGGUGUAAACGUGAUUGCGGAAGCUGGAUGCUAUUAUGUUUCAUCUGCAUUUACACUUGCAGUUAAUAUAAUUGCGAAGAAAGCUGUUCAGUCUACUGAGCCCCUUCUCUUCAAAACUGAACAAACCCAGGAGGAUGACCAAGUCUUCAUGUACUAUAUAAAUGAUGGUGUUUAUGGUUCUUUUGCAAGCAAAUUGUCUGACAAUUUGACUACUAUUCCAGAGGUUCACAAGAAAUACAAGGAAGACGAGCCUCUAUUUGCAAGCAGCCUUUGGGGUCCAUCCUGUGAUGAGCUUGAUCAAAUUGUGGAAAACUGUCUUCUCCCUGAGCUGAAUGUUGGAGACUGGCUGCUCUUUGACAAUAUGGGUUCCGGCACUUUGGGUGAACAAUCUGCUUUUAACGACUUCCAAAGGCCACCUGUUUACUACAUAAUGUCAAUCAGUAACUGGUGUGAGAUGCAAGAUGCUGGAUUCACCUGUGAGACACUGAUGAAGAAUUGCUUCUUUGUGCCUUCGUGCAUUCAGCUGAGCCCUGAAGACGGAUUUUCCCUCGCAGCUUAAACAGGCAUUAGUGAUUCAUUUAGCCUUGCAGUUGCACGUCUGUAGUCUUGUCUGGUCACAACAUUCCAGUUUGGAAGAAAAAAAAUGGAACAAUCUUGAAUGAAUUCUCAAAACUUGAAAUCAAUUGGGACCAGGCAAAACCAGCUUACAACUACAAUUCCCUGGGGGAGUAAGGGUUAAAUAAUAUACAAAUUUAAACAUGUCAGAUAUUUCAAUCCCUCAGCGUUUAAAUUUAAAUAUGCAACAAAAUGGAUGACUUAGUUGAGAUGGAAACCCAUCACUUGGGUUCUCUGUUAACAGUUUACAUACAAGUACAGUUUUUAUACUAAGGAUUUCUGUUAGAAAGUCUUGUAAAGUUGUCUUUUCCCCCAGAUAUAUGAAAUGUCAGUGGGAAACCAGUGUGACUUCAUUAGCUAUGUUUAGUGUAUUUAGAAUGUGUAAAUUUGUGCUUUGAACUGUAGUUUAAUAAAUGUAAAAUUGCAUCAUAGUAUUUGUUGUAUUUCACCCUUGGCGUACCUACACUUGUAUGAUUGCAAUAAAAAAUGGUGUAGAAUUUGCUGCCCUGCCCCCAGUUCCUGCUCAAAUAGGGAAGGUGUCUAAGCAGCAGCCAGAGUUUAAGUGCAGAAAGGUGUAACGUAACUUAUUCACAGAUUUUUAAAAAAACAAAAACAUUAGAUCAUGAGCACUGUAUUCCAAAUUGAAGUGCAUUAUGUGGAUUUCUUUAUGCAUCUGAUUUAAUUAUUCUAACAUUCAAACAUUCAAUUUGUGAAGCAUGAAACAGUCCAUAUGAAGUUAGUAGUUUAGCAGGAAGCCGAACUACUGUUUUGUUCUUUUGGUUGUACAAAGCAAGGUGGAUUUUUGUGUGUGCUUAACAGUAAGGCUGGUUGAAUUGAGAAGGGCUUGGCUUUUGCAUAAAAAUGGAAAGCCUUAUGCUGAAAGUCUCUUAACUUCCCAGAAAGGUACUUGUGAUGGCAUUCAGCCUUUAACUGAGUGGCUGUUUCCGGAGCCUUGCCUUUUUUUUUUUUUUUUUGGCACAUACAACGGGAAAAUUCACCUGAACUAUAUUCAAACUGCCUCAGCUAGAUUUAGUAAAUAAAAUACUGACAUUUUUACUCUUUGUUACUUAGACUCUUUCACUUCUCUGAUUACUCGUUUUAAUUUAUUUUGCUAAUCUAGUAGCCUUGGACAUAUUUUUGAAUGCACCAAGCCAGAAUUUAUUUGAAAAUGGAGAUUGGUAUUCCUUACUUAAGUUCAUGUUUGAACUAUGCCACCAUAUGAAAAUGUAUUUUAUAUUAGCGUUGAGCAGCCAGAAGUUACUUUUCUUCAAUUUGGUGAAUCAAAAAUGCACUGUUGUUUGAAGGGCUUAAGGCAGGCAUGGGCAAACUUCAGCCCUCCAGGUGUUUGGACUCCAACUCCCACAAUUCCUAACAGCCUGCAGGCUGUUAGGAAUUGUGGGAGUUGAAGUCCAAACACCUGGAGGGCUGAAGUUUGCCCAUGCCUGGCUUAUGGAGUAUUCACGUUGGUCUGAUCGUAAUAAAAUAACAGGUACUAUAUUUGAAAUGCCUUUCACUUCUGUGAAUGGUUUCUUUUGCCCAAUCCAGUAACCCUGAGUGUAAAAUACAGCUGUGAGCACUAAAGCACAAAUGAAACAUAAACCAUUUACAUUUUACCAAUUCAGAAAAAAGAAUGAAUUUCUAGCAUUGUGAUCCAGCAUCUACCAGGGUUCUAUGAGGAAGAAAAUGAAUACUUAUCAUAUCAAACCCGGGAGUCUGCUAUAAAGUUUAUAGAACUGUUGUGAGUUUUACCAACUCUGUUGUAAAUGGUACAGUCACCUUGGAAAUGUAUGUAUUGUAUUUGACCGUUUGCCAUAAAAAACUGGUUUGAACUUGGUAUGUAUUUGAAUUUAUAUGCUAAAAACCUAUCUUCUGUUUACAAUAUUGUAAUAUCAGUUUUGGAAUAAUUCAAAUAUAAAACUGAAUGAUUUCUAUAUAGCAACUUUAA